GGAACGGACGGAGGGAAGGUGGCGAGGACGAAGAGCGUGAUUGCCACAUUGAUUCGGGUCCGUGUCGAGAGAAAAGGGGCGAGGCGCUGAAGGAGGAGGCCGCGAGCACGCCGGGUCCAUGUGAUUGUGGUUCGGGAGCGCGAGAGUUCAGGAUAGUUUUGUCUUCUCGGUGGGGAUGGUGGUGUCAGAGCGAGGGCAGGGGUCGAGCCGGGAGAAAGCGCUUUUACGCAGGCAGCGACUUGGUGGACGAUGAGAGAAAGCCAGAUGGCAGGCAUUUGGCAGGGUAGGGUUGGAAAGCUACGAACGAGAAGGAAUAGCAGCAGCCGAGGAGGAGGAGGAGGAGGAGGAAGAGUGGGGUUGGAGCUGUACUGACUACGGAGGUCGUAGAAGACCGGAGGGGAACGCCUUCAGAGGAUCACGUCAGUGCCUUCUUACCAAUGACUGCCACGGGCCCAGUGCUCGUACAGUUACUGGCUGAGAUGGGGCGUUGAUUGAGCGAGGGAGUUGAAUACUGGACGAGCGGCGAGGGGACAAGAGACAGAAAGUGCUAAACUGGAGACAGAACAGCGAUCGAUGAAAUCUAUCUUGGGGUCCAAAUUUAGGUGGUGUGUGGUUGUUGCCCUUUAACUCUAAAGUGGGAAGAUGAUGGGCCGCAAGUGCUAGCUUUGAUGCGUUGCUCCGCACUGGUUUGCUGCAGGGCGAGGGGUGCUUCUUGUUUGUUUGUUUGGUUUGGUUUGGUUCGGUUCGGUUGGGCUGCUUGGCGAGAGGAAAGGAAGGGGAAAAAAUUGUCAACCGUGUUUCUAACGCUCCUGCCUGCUGCCUCAUUUGGCGUUCUUGGUUCGUCUUAGACUGGCACACGGGAUACCUGUUACUGCUUAAUGAGAGCUGAAAUUACCGCACUCCUGUAAAGGUCCCGCGAGAUCCAGGGCGAUUGCUCGCUCUCACUCUCGGUGUCUUGUGCGGGUCUGUCUGUCUGCUCUCUGUCUUUGUGGUAGCGAGGAAGCGGAGAGGGAGCAGUUUGAGCUUGCUAGGAAGCUUGUACUUGAAUGAGGAGGACAUGUUUCCCGAGGGCUAGCUUUCUCGCUAGCUAGCAGAAGGUGCGAGCGGAGGCAGAUUGCUGGACAGUGCGAGUGCAGCAUUGCCUCGAGGGUGGGAAGGAAGGAAGAUAGUGCGCGUUCGACUGCAAGCUGCAAGGAGCCAUGGAGUCCUUCUACUAUGUGGUUUUCGGGGUGCAGGUUGCGGUGCUGGCAGUCAUGGAGCUUGGCAAGGGCAGCAAGGAUCGCAUCACAACCUCGUCGGCAUUUUCAUCUUUCAAAAACAACUACUUGGUUGUUUACUCCCUUAUGAUGGCGGGAGAUUGGCUUCAAGGACCAUAUGUGUAUGCUUUGUACCAGCACUAUGGCUACGACGAGGGCGAGAUCGGUCGACUAUUCAUUGCCGGGUUUGGAUCCUCAAUGCUGUUCGGUACGAUCGUGGGCUCUCUCGCUGAUAAACAUGGUCGCAAGAGGGCAAGCAUAUUAUACUGCAUCACGUACAUCCUUAGUUGUUUUACCAAACAUUCUCCCAAGUAUGAGAUUCUUAUGGUAGGGCGUGUAUUAGGAGGGAUUGCCACAUCCCUUCUUUUUUCUGCGUUCGAAUCCUGGCUAGUGGCUGAGCACUUCAAGAGGGGUUUUGAGGCACAAUGGUUGUCUUUGACAUUUUCGAAGGCGAUUUUUCUUGGAAACGGUCUCACAGCUAUCCUAGCCGGUCUAGUAGGAAACACCUUGGCUGGGACUCUGGGGUUUGGCCCAGUUGCACCUUUCGAUGCCGCAGCAGUGCUAUUAGCGAUUGGGAUGGGCAUCAUCAUGUUCAGCUGGCAGGAAAACUAUGGUGAUGCCACCGACAGCAAGAACUUAGUUGUGCAGUUCCAAACUGCAGCUGCUGCGAUUGCUUCAGAUGAGAAGAUUGCACUGCUGGGAGCAAUUCAGUCUCUUUUCGAGGGUUCAAUGUACACCUUUGUCUUUCUGUGGACGCCUGCUUUAGCUCCUGGGAAAGAAAUCAUUCCACACGGAUUCAUCUUUGCUACCUUUAUGUUGUCCUCAAUGUUGGGGAGUUCCCUAGCAUCCCGCUUGAUGGCUCGACUCAAGGUGGAAGGCUACAUGCAAAUUGUAUUCAUGGUUUCUUCAGGCUCGCUCAUGCUACCCGUCAUUAUCAAUUUUUUCGUAAAUGAAGCUGCCACGGACUCUACUGAUAUGACUUUAUCGGGACGCCUCCUGCUGUUGGGAUUCUGCAUAUUUGAGGCUUGUGUUGGUAUUUUUUGGCCAUCAAUUAUGAAGAUGAGAUCAAUUUACAUUCCUGAAGAGUCGCGGAGUACCAUCAUGAACUUUUUCCGGAUCCCUCUCAAUAUCUUCGUGUGCAUCGUGCUAGCCAAUGUUAGUGCUUUCCCAAUUUCAGUAAUGUUUGGGAUGUGUUCGAUUUUUCUGGGUAUGGCCGCUGUUCUUCAACGAAGGCUUAUGGUUGUUGUCGAGAAGCAGCAGAGAUUGAAAGUAUCACAGGACAGCUGGGAUGAUGAUAAGGUGCUUGACCCAGAAGCCGAGCCUCUAAAACAAUUAGAUCAGUGAAGAAAUGGUGGGUAAAGGAGCGGGUACCACCAUCAUCUUAUGUAAAUCUGUGAUCUAAUAGAUGGAUGGAUCAAUGGGUGUCGGCGUUGUUUGGAUUUUGAAGAGUUUAUGAACGAUCGGGGUCCUCAUCCCUUCUACGAUUCUUUAUCAUUUUUCAUUUACCGUAGAGCUUAGGAGAAACAGACGCAGCAAGAGGGUAUAAAUUCAUUCAUCCUUCCAUCUUACUUACGAUCUUAGUUUAGAAUAGUAGACUUGGUUCCUUGUAAGCUAGUCAGUAUCAGACUUACAUGCCUGUCUUUUGGAACGACAAGAGCCAUCUUAGGUUGCAGACGUCAAGCCAUGGUUUUGUAAGUGCACCUUGGAAUCUUGACCUGAUAAUUAUUUAUUCCCGUUGUCUCUCUUCAUUCGUUUAACAAAGGCCCAGGCAGCCAUUGCUUUC